CGAAAGAUAGAGAGAUGGUUGAAAUGGUACCCAUGAAUGGAGGUGUCGGAGACACCAGUUAUGCUAAUAACUCCUUGUUUCAGCAAAACAUAAUAUCCAUCACUUGGCCCAUCACCAAGGAAGCCAUCACGCAACUCUACUGCGCCAGCUAUCCCACGAGCCUAGCCAUUGCCGACUUGGGUUGCUCUUCUGGCCCGAAUACUCUUGUGUUUCUCUCCAAUUUGAUACGACAAGUGGAGAAGCUUCGUCACCAACUCCACAAAAGGUCUCCUCUUGAGUAUCAAAUCUUCUUCAACGACCUUCAUACCAACGACUUCAAUUCACUUUUCAAAUCCCUCCCAAGUUUCCACCAAAAUUUGAAGACCCACAUCGGAAAUCAUGAUCUUGGUCCAUGCUUCUUCACCGGUGUUCCUGGUUCUUUCUAUAACAGGCUUUUCCCUCGUGCAACUUUGCACUUUGUUCAUUCCUCUUAUAGUCUCCAUUGGCUAAGCCAGGUUCCGGAAGGGAUCGAAAGCAAUAAAGGCAACAUUUUCAUAUCGGACACGAGCCCGAACGCAGUACAAGAAGCCUAUCGUUGCCAAUUUCAAAAGGAUUUUUCUACGUUUUUGAAGUGUCGUGCCGAGGAAUUGGUGGUUGGUGGGCGCAUGGUUCUAACAAGCUCGGCAAGAACAUGUGAAGAUCGAGUCAACAAGGAGUGCUGCUACGCUUGGGAGUUCUUGAAUUUGGCUCUCAUCGACAUGGUUUCAGAGGGAGUUGUUGAAAAGGAGAAGAUGGAUUCAUUCAACAUUCCUGUUUACAUGCCGUCUUUGGCAGAAGUGGAAGCUGAGGUCUUAAGAGAAGGGAGGUUCGUGAUUGAAAGUCUCCAAAUUUCAAGAAUCAAUUGGAACUUAUCAACCAAUGAACUCAACGGAUCAUCAAAAGAGUCAGUUAAGAGUGGGUAUAACUUUGCAAAAUGCAUUCGAUCCGUUGCAGAAGGGCUUAUUGUUCGUCAUUUUGGAGAAGAAAUUAUAGAUACAUUAUUCAAUAGGUAUGCAGAAAUUAUUGCUGAUCACAUGUCCAAGCAGAAUAUACACAAUAUUAACUUCACCGCUUCUCUCACUAGGAUAAAAUGAUAUAAGAACAUAGGGUCCGAUAUGACCCA